AUCAGUCGACCGUGUUCGGUGCGAAGUGAUCUUCUUUCGGAUCCCAACACAGACCUCGUUCGUUAUGAAAUCGUUGGUGGUGUUGUUCGCUGUGGUCGCCGCUGCGACGGCGAAGCCCAGUUUGGUUGGUUACACAGUGCCAGCGGCGGUGUCUCACCAGUCUAGAGUGGAUGUACGCACCUCGCCAGCCGUAGUAGCUGCCGCGCCAGUGGUGGCGGCUGCGCCAGUUGUAGCCGAGACUGUGGUGGCUGAGCCUGCUGUGGUCGAAGCGCGUGCCGUGUACACUCCAGCAGCCACAACAUACGUCGGUGGGUCAGCUGUCUCGCAUCAAUCACGUGUAGAUGUCCAAUCAUCUCCUGCUGUCGUCGCCACUGCCCCUGUUGUUGCUCCCGCUGUGGUAGAAGCUCGCUCUGUGUAUGCGCCAACCGUUUACGCAGCCGGUGCCGUUUCUCACCAAUCCCGUGUUGAUGUACGCUCGUCCCCCGCGGUAGUCACAUCUCCGGUAGUAGCUCAAACUGUUGUAGCUGAGCCUGUUGUUGAAGCUCGUGCUGUUUACCCAGCAGCUACCGUGUACACUGGUGCUUCUGCGGUGUCUCAUCAGUCGCGAGUGGAUGUCCAGUCGUCCCCAGCCGUCGUGUCUCAGCAUGUAGUAGCUGCCCCCGCUGUUGUUGAGGCUCGCUCUGCUUGGGCACCCUCCGUGUACGCGUGGUGAUUACAGUGUUAAGGAUCCGAUAAGACUUAAAACGAAAUGUAAAAAAAGACAUAAUUAUAUCUGAAAAACUUAUUAUU